UUGUUCCCGCUGUUGCCGAAAUCGUGGCUAAAGGACCAUGCAAUGACGGUCUGGGUGGUUUUUUUUUUUUUGGUUUCUUCGUUCGUUGGCCGUUUGAUUUAACGAGAUUUCGGUGCUCGGCAGUGAGUUUCAAUUGCAUCGCGCAAUAAGUGCAGGUGAAAAAAGUGAGUCGCUGUGUGGACACUCACAGUUAUCGGUAACGGUAUAAUAGCUGCUAAAAGAGGAUCAAUUGUGACUGCAAAUCGUGAAAUAAGAGAAGAGGAUCUAAUAAUGAGGAGAGAGGCACGUGGCCGUUUGGCGCCGCUGCCGCUGUUGCUGCUGCUGCUACUGUUCCCGGGACCAUCGGUCUGUCAGCGCCAAGGUGAGCCAACCUGGACCUCACCGGCAGUGCGCGCCUACAGCCCGGUGCUCCAGCAGCUGUCGGCCGAUCCGCGAGCGCUCCCCUCCCAAAACCAGCAGCAGUCCGCAUCGAUCGAGUACUACGACGAGGACGAGUACUACGACGAGGCGCCGGCCCGAGAGCCGUUGGCCGAUAGCCGGGAGCCCAAGCUGAUCGCCAGGCCCGACGCUGGUGGAGCGCCAGCGGCUAACGAGGACUCGUACUACUACGACGAGGACUACGAGGAACAGCCGUCGCCGAGUCGGGAGGCGCAGUCGGACUCGGGUGAAGCUACCGGGGCAGCGAUCGGAGCCCAGGAUGGUGGUCGGGAACAGCCGAGGGAGGAAGAUGAGCAACAAUCGGAGAAGGUGUCCUCGGAGUCGGCCGAUAUCCCAAUAAACUCGCAAGAGUCGAAGGUAACGGAUAAACCGGCCGGCGAAAAGGCGAACAACGGCAGCAAACCAAGUUCGAUUUUGAUCGGCGAGGCGAUCGUUAGUGUCGUCACGACCAAGAGCGUCGUCAACGGGACGUACUCGGUGCCCGAGACGACGACCAGCUCGACACCCAUGCUCCCGUCGACGGAAAAGGAGAUUCAGGAGGAGGAGCAAGAGGUAGACAGCUCUAGCACCACCGCUGCCAGGACCGACCCUGGGAAUGAAGCUGCUGCCGAUGACAAUGAUACAUCGUCAACGACGAGUACAACGUCAACGACGAGUACGACGACAGAGUUCACGCCCACUUCGACGAUUCAUCAGUCCGUGCAGACUGGCCGAAGCGUCUCGGGGGCGAGAUACCUACCCUUCCCGUCCGUGGUCGACAAAGCCGAGCAGCUCGACUCCACGGAGAGUAUCAUCGACAAGCUCGACAGGGUGCAGUCCGAACUCUCCAGUGGGUUCUUGGUCAAUGAACGAUUCACGCCUCGGCGCUACAACAAAAAGCCCUACUCGCCCGCGUCCUUCGCAAUACCGACGACCUCGACGACCGUGGCGCCCACCUCGCCGCCCAUACCUCCGCUCAACAUAACGAGCAUAACGAAACGGCCCAAGGUCCAAACGACCCUCGAGGACAUCGCCUCCUUCCUCCCGAAGGGCUACGUCAAGAGCAUCAACGGUACGACGAGCACGACACCACCGCCCCAGUUGACCAAGAGGCCACGCGUCCACACGACCCUCGACAACGUCGAGGCCUUCCUACCCAAGGACUUUGCCCGGGGCGGUGGCUACCGCACGAGCUCCACCACCAAGAGGCCCAAGUUCCAGACGACCCUCGAGGACGUCGAGGCCUUCCUGCCCAAGGACUACAAGGGCUACAGGAGCUCGUACAACAAGAGACCGUCGUACAAGACCUCCACGACCGUCAGCUCGUCGACCACCACGACGACCACUACAGUUGCCAAAGUUGCCCCGGUGGCCUCGACCGAGGGAACUCGGGUCAAGGAUCCUGCCGACAUCGCAAAUACCAGUGCCAUCCAGUCACUGGGCCACAAGGUGAAAAAGGAAGGACUCGAGGUCGAAGCCAAGGGCCAGACCAGCGAGCCCAAGGAGGCCGUGGCGCCACCUCCGGUACAGCAACCCAAAUCCAUCGAGGAUCUGUUCGCGAAAUCCGUGGUCGACAUCUCGGCCUUCCUGCCCCCAGGCUACAAGCCCGAUGCCACAAGCAGCCCCAAACCGAACGUCUCGAUAGUCCCGGUCGAGGAGAUCCUCGCGAAAUCGUCGGUCGACGUGUCGGCGCUCCUACCACCCGGAUACAAGCUAGAAAACCAAAGCAUCGUCAACCCAGUGGAGGAGCUCCUGGCUAAAUCCAAGGUCGACAUAGCGUCCCUGCUACCCGCGGGCUUUGACCCAUCGGCCAAGGGAGGACCGGCGACGCGGCAGUCCACGGGAGAAGCCGGCUUGUUCAAGCUCGUCUUCCCGAGCAGGCCCGGGGGCAGGAACAAGCCCGUGCACAAGAUAACGACGCCACCCAGCAACCGGGGAGCCGGGCCGGACACCGCCUCGCCCAAGAUACACAAGGGCUGGCCCACGAGGGCUACGACCGAGUUCACGGGCUGGCCGACCUCGUCGACGACGCCCAUCUCGAUAGAGAAGCUCCUGGAGGCCGCGCGCACGGCCACCGUAUCGUCGUCCAACGCGUCGCACGUGCCGACGACGAGCGAGAUAUCGAGCGUCGAAUCGACCACGACCACGACCACGACCACGACGACCAUGAGGCCGACGACGCCCGGUACCUGCGAGGAGGAGUGCGAGGUCGCGGGCACCAUCAGAAUCGUCGAGAACGCGACUUGGGUGCCCGAGCUGCUCAACCGGAACACCAGGGAGUGGCAAGACCUCGCCGAGGAGAUCGAGAGAGAGAUGAACUUGGUGUUUGCCAAGUCGCCGUUGCUGAGAAAGUGGUUCCGCAACAUUCGCAUCGAUUCCUUCAGUCAGGGCAGCAUUCUCGUGGAUUACUUCGUCGAGUUGGCCGAUCUCAAGGAAAAAAUCAACACCCAGCAAUUAAAAAUCAUCUUCCACGACUCGCUCAAGACCUUUAGCUUGGACAAUCCGAUGGAGUCGAUGCCGAAGGGCCCAGUGAAACUCGGCAGGUUCACGAUCGAGCCCACGUCGACGGACUUUGUUGUGAUACCAAGAAUUACUGCGCCGAAGCUCAGCCAAGACGACGACAGGUUCAUCCCACAGUGGGCCAUCGCGAUGAUAGUCAUGGGCGUUGGGGGACUACUGUUCAUCGUUAUAUUCGGUGUCUCUGUCCUCAUAAACCGACAGCACGGCUCAAAGCUCAAGCCCUCGAUAAGCACUAUUUAUGACGAGGAGGUGACAAAGAGCACCUCGAUGGGCCGGGCGGCCGCGCCUACCCCUAGCACCAGGCCGCCAGCGCCGGUCAGCGAUUACCAGAGACACAGCGACAGCCACGGCACGUGGAACGACUCCGGCUGGCACGACAAGCCCUACGAGUCGACCUCCCACAAGAUUCUAGUUGACGGACUGCCCUACGAGAGGAAGUAUAACAUGUACGACAGCUGGAAGUCCGAGUGGAAUGGAUAUUACUAUCCGCCGACGCACGCCAGUGGCUCGAGUUACUCACGCCAUCAUCCUGACUACGACUUUAAUUUUUGAACAACAUUAUUUUCUUUCUUUCCUUUUUUAUAACUGUCUAAGUGUAUUUGUUACUAGAUCAGAUGUGAAAGCAAUGUGUUUGUAAAUAAUU